AUGCCUUCUAUUCGAAAAUUUUCUUCUUUAAAUUUUAAAGGAUAUAUUACAAAAUUUUUAUCAGAUAUUAAAUUUAAUAAUAUGUUAUAUAAUUUUGCAACACCCGAAUCUCCUGGAUUUAAAUAUUUGUAUCUAUUUAAAGAAGAAUUUCAUGCAAAUAUGGCUGAAAUUCUUAAAGAAGGCCCAACUAUACAUCGAGUUUGUAAAAUUAUUUUACAAAAUCUUGAUAAAAAAAUGCUUGCUGAAUACAAAAUCAAACCAAUAAGAUUUGAUGAAAUGAAAGUUUUUAAUAUUGAAGUGAGUGAACCAGAAGAUUGGGAUCCAAAUG